AUGCUGCCACGCUUGCAAUUUGCUGUACAUGACCUAACACAGAUACAAUACAAAGUCUCCAUCUCAGGAACUGAUGUGAUUCUGACGUGCCCUCAAAAAAUUCUGCAGGGCACAAUAAAUUGGGAAAGAAAUGAAAAAAAACUAGAAGGCGAAAAUGACGAACAACUGUUACUGAAGAAUUUUUCWGAAAUGGAUGACAGUGGUUAUUACGCCUGCUACACACCCUCAGAACAAAAAGAUAAAAGUACACGGAAUUAUCUGUACCUGAGAGCUAGAGUGUGUGAGAACUGCGUAGAGGUGGAUCUGACGGCUGUGGCCACAGUCAUCGUAGUCGACAUCAUUGUCACUCUGGGCUUGCUGAUGCUGGUUUAUUACUGGAGCAAGAAUAGAAAGGCCAAGUCCAAACCUGUGACACGUGGAGCAGGCGCUGGUGGCAGGCCCAGGGGACAAAAGAAGGAGAGACCACCACCUGUUCCCAACCCGGACUAUGAGCCCAUCCGGAAAGGCCAGCGGGACCUGUAUUCUGGCCUGAAUCAGAGAGGAAUCUGACAGCUCUGGAGGAUCGCCUACGUCUGCCUCUCCCUAGGCACCCUGCAAUUCCUUGUUCCCUGGACAAGUUUUGGACCCUACAAGAGAAUUGUUCUUCAGUCUCACAGUGAACUCACAACAUCCUGCAGAAUUUUCUUUGGCUCGCUCCUUCCUGCCAUCUCUACCUGCCGCCCAGUUCUAGGAUUUUUCUGCUUCAUUGUCCUUUGAAACAUCAUGGCUAUUCAGCCCCUUACACCCAGCCUGCCUGUCAGGAUAUUUAUUUCUGUGAUUCACUCCUKGCCAAUUCUUCCCUUCCCCCACACAAAUAUUUCUGCCUUCAAAUCCCUCCUUUCUCUGCAUAUAAAUUGUCCCUCAUUCUGUAAUCACAGUG